UACAUAACCUCCAUGUCCAAAUUGCCCAGUCAACCAAACGAAAUUCUACACAUCAUUCUCUCGCAACUGGGCCACUCUUCCCUCACCCAGGUAUCUCUAGCUCAUCGUGUUCUUCAUGCCAUCGCCCUUCCAUUGCUGUUUUCGCGCUUCACCUUCUACACAUACGUCUUGAACGACAACGAGGUCCAAUUUGAAUUGGAUAGGUUGGAAUUCUGGGCAUCGCGGGCCAUAUCACAGCACGUUCGAUCCUGCGAAGUCAGACCUUCUGUGUGGACGGCCCCGAAGCCCAUGUUGUUGGAGUCUACUCUUAUAGAUGCCAUCUCUGUGGUGCUCAUUUCUUGGGCUUAA